UCCGCGUGAGUCCGCGAGAAGGCAGAAGCGGAGCCCCGGCGGAUGCGAUGGCCGCGGUGGUGGCCAAACGGGAAGGGCCGCCGUUCAUCAGCGAGGCAGCCGUGCGAGGCAACGCCGCGGUCCUGGAUUACUGCCGGACCUCAGUGUCAGCGCUGUCGGGGGCCACAGCCGGCAUCCUCGGCCUCACCGGUCUCUACGGCUUCAUCUUCUACCUGCUUGCCUCCGUCCUGCUCUCCCUGCUCCUAAUUCUCAAAGCGGGAAGGAGGUGGAACAAAUACUUCAAGUCACGAAGACCUCUCUUUACAGGAGGCCUCAUUGGAGGCCUCUUCACCUACGUCCUCUUUUGGACAUUCCUCUAUGGCAUGGUGCACGUCUACUGAAAUGAGGUCAGGGGUGACUUUCAAACAGAUUGGCAAGACUCUUGCCGGAAUUAACACCGUGUAGACUUACUUAGUUUUUAAAUUGUUCGAGUUCGCUGCUUGUUCUGUACUGUUAUAAUUUAUAUCUGAAGACAGAGAGCCUGUAAUGUUCUUCAGAUUAAAUGAAGUGUGACACCUUGUCGUUCUUUCCUGCCUUGAUGUUUAGCCAAAUUUUGAAGUCGCCAAGAUUUGCUGGAGAGCAAUUGGGGGGGGGGGGGGGGUUACACCUAGUAAAUCCAAAGGAGCCUCUAGGACUUACAUGAUAGAAUUUAGCAUUAACAUCUUAAGAACUGAUAACAGUUCGUGUUACUAAGCUUUCUCUGUGUAGGGGCAUUGUGCGUUUUAAUCCUAGCAGUAACAAUGGAGAUGUUACUGUUAACCUUCUGUUGAUGAAGAACUUAAAGUUCAAAAAGGGCCGGGAUGCAGUUACAAGUCUGUUUGCUUCUGCUGUAUUGGAUCAGAGUACUUUUCUAGCAUCCCCUUCCCACUAGCCACUGCUUUCUGGUAUGAGUGAAAUCAGCUGGUUACACCUGGUCUCAGCUGGUUGACUUUCCUUUUUUUUUUUUUUUUUUUCCCGGAGCUGGGGACCGAACCCAGGGCCUUGCGGUUGCUAGGCAAGCGCUCUACCACUGAGCUAAAUCCCCAACCCAGCCUUUCCUAUAACAAAAAAGUACAAGCUAUUUUUCUAAAAGGCGCCCUAUGGUGAUUAUAUAAGUUAUUUGGACAUUUAAUCGAACAAGUUUGUUCCGAGUGUAAUGCCUCUGACUGUAUGUUCAUUCAUAAUCCUUCUUUGAAAGGAGGGUUUUAGAGUGGAAUACAUGUUUAACUGAAAAAUAAAUAAUUGUGUU